GAAAAGCACAAAAGUUAAGUUUUAGAUUCCCCAAAUCAACCCCGCAAUCCCUAACCCCUUCAUCACUGAUCCCGUUUCUCUACGGUCGCCGCGAUUCAUAUUUUCCGGCCAGCGAACUUCACAAUUCUUCUACGGCCGCCGCCGUAGACGCCGCCGUCUCCGUCUCCGUCUCCAUUGCCUGCGGAUUUUGAAGCAUAAGAGAAGAAGGGCCCUGGAUUGACCAUUCCAACAAGUUGUCCACCUAGCUUUCUGGGUUGCGAACUAUAAUUGAGACAUAAGGAAGCGUCUGCACUAGGCAGACUCCAUGUGGGGAUGAUCUGUUACUUGUUAAGUCGAGGAAUGAAUGCUUGUUAAGGACUUGAUUAGCUGAUCUGCCAUCGUAAAGUUCCAUGCUCAAGCUAUUAUCGGCUUGGCAAAGGACGAAUUCGCUUCACUUUAAAGUAGGCGUGCAAUGGAAUUGAAUGCUAGCGUGUCCACAAAAAGAACAAUAAACCCUAGGAAGACGGAUAUCGGAGGUAAACCCUUUAUACUCAUCAUUUGUGGCUGCCUCGUUUACUACCACUGUGCCUAUCAGAAUUCUAGUCUCGUCUCUCUCAUCUCAGACGUCUUUAUUGUACUCCUUUGUUCCCUCGCCAUUCUCGGACUCCUCUUUCGCCAGAUGAACAUCUCGGUACCUGUGGAUCCUCUUGAGUGGCAGAUCUCUCAGGACGCUGCCAACAUGUUUUUUGCCUGCCUCGCCAAUACUAUCGGUGCUGCUGAGUCUGUUCUACGGGUUGCUGCUACUGGCCAUGAUAAGCGCUUGUUCCUUAAGGUUGUGGCUGCUCUGUAUGUUCUAUCAUCUCUUGGAAGGAUAGCAUCGGGUGUUACCAUUGCCUAUGCUGGACUCUGCUUUCUUUGCCUUUACAUGCUCGCUGAGAACUUGCAAUUGAUUAGCUCGAGGUAUCCAAGGAGAAGAGACGACACGAACACAGUUCAGGACGACUAAAUUGAUUUGAUCCG